AUGCGUCGUCCGAAAAAAAAACCUUUCUCUGCGCCGCUCAUAAAGCUUUCCCCGCGUCGUCAAUCUAGCUUCCUCGUCGGUGGUUCUGGCCUCCUCGUCAUCGUUGGUGGCUCUUUUCUCGCCUCCUCUCCAGUCGCUACUUACUCGGCUGGUGGGUCCAAGAAAGAACGUAGUUUGCUCGCGCCGGUGGUUCCAAGAAAGAAAUUUGAAGAUGAACGAGAUGUUGAAGAUGCUGUGCAAGGUCGAAAUGGUUAUGAUUUUGAUGGACAUCGUUUGCGGGUGGAAUUCGCUCAUGGUGGACGAGGAUCAUCAUCAUCAGACCAUCACAGCAGUUACAGUGCUAGUAGAGGUGGAGCACCUAAGCACACUGACUACAGAGGGGUAGUCUUGCUUCUUUAUUGGCAUAUUUUUGUCACUGGACUGCCAUCAUCUGCUUCUGGGCAAGACCUGAAGGAUCACAUGCGACGAGACGGUGAAGUUUGUUUCUCAGAUGUAUUCAAGGAUCGUCGCUAUGGCACGGCUGGAGUUGUUGAAUAUGCAAAUUAUAAUGAUAUGAAACGUGCUUUCAGGAAGCUGGAUGAUUCUGAAUUUCGUAAUGCAUUCUCUCGCGCUUAUAUCCGAGUGAGGGAGGACUCGAGGAGUCUGAGUCUAGAUGAUAGGUCGAGAAGCAGAAGCUACAACCGUGGCUGUAGUUAUAGUCGAAGCCGCAGCCGCAACCACAGUAUAUCUCCGCAAAGAAAUUCACGCCGUUCUUAUUCUAGAUCUCCUUCGAAGUCCCGCUCGAGAUCUCCCUCUCGUUCUCGCUCUAGCUUGAUGCUUGGGUUGCAUGGGAGCAGAACUUUCCAAUUGCUGCACUUAAAAACGUUUUACUAGCUCUGAAAAAGGAGCAACAAUGGCGUAGAGUCAUACAGGUCUACACUCCGAGGAAUACGCCUUAUGCUAGUGAGGAAAUUGAUGUGGUUCGUGAGCAAUGGGUUGCAAGUAUUUAUUAUUGGCCCGAGGGCGCUUGAUCGAGUUGUGUUGGUUUAGAUGUUAUAGAACAAUCUUUUAUGUUAAAAUGUAU